AUGUCAAUUGUGAAAACCAAGCUCAAGGACGCUCUCGAAGCUAUUGGGAAAAAGGACUAUAUCACUGCAAAAAAAGCUGUUCUUCAAGUCCUUGACUAUGAGCCGGAUAACUAUAACGCGAAUGUAUUUCUUGGGCUCGCGUCACUGGAGCUAGAAGAGUAUGAUCAAGGCGAGCAAGCCUACAAGAAAGCUAUAGAUGUAAAGCCAGAACAAUUGACAGCGUGGCAGGGAAUUUCUAAGUUUUACGAGAGACGCGAAGAUUGGGAUAAGUACGCGGGUGUUUUGGAACGACUGAUGAAUUUAUACGCCCAAAGUAAUGAUGCUGUCAAGUGCGGUGAAACGGCUCAAAAAUACAUCGAUAUCCGCCGACAGCUUGGUGAUCCUGCUCAGCUGCUGGAUUCAUUGUCACUCCUCUUACCUGAAUCACCAUACUAUUCAGUCCUAUCGUCACUACCUCCUCCUGAUCAUACGGCACCUGAAUCUACUUCAACCUACCGGAUACAAAUCGCGCUACACGAUGCAUUGACGGUCCUUGAAGAAAUGAUUGAAUUGGUCGAGCAGCAGGAAGAGAACUACAUGCGAAAAGAAUUUGAGAGAAGGAGGACAAGACUUGGUGCUGGUACGCCAGAACAAAUAAGGCAAGCUAUCGGUAGAGAAGUGUGGGGCUCGUCAAGGUUACCCGCGCUCUAUGCCGAACUGUUGAACCACCCCAAUACCUCUGACGAACUUCGACGAAAAACUGACGCAAAAUUGCUCAGAUACAAGCUACAAUACCUUCAUUCCUUUUCCACUGCAGAUCCCACCGACGGUCCAAAAAGCAAGCUUGCAACAGAAGUUACUGAUUUAAUCAAAGGCGCUGUGAUCCUGAAAAUACCUGACGAAUUAGCCUGGAUACUGUUCCUUGAUGGGAAGGAUGCAGGAACUAUCGCCGAUUAUGAUUAUGAUCACCUCCGGCAGUUUAUGGAGCUUUUCCCGUCUCAUCCAAACUCAAUGAUCCUCAGAGGGUAUUUCAUGUACAGCGGUAUCUCGCUCGACAAGGAAUGUGAUUCAGAUGUUGAAAAAAGAAUCCGCGAAGAUCUAGAUGUUGGGUACUCCAUGAUUCAGGAAGCCUAUACGGCGAUAAAAUCAGCGAACUGUAUUCUAGCUACGCGUAUUGUUGCAAAAGUAUGCUUACAAGAGUUGGACUACGCAAACGUUAUUGAAGUCGCCGACUUGGGACUGACACUCGUCAAAAAGUUUGAGUCAAACCAUGCAACAUCCCUUCCUUUAGUUCGGCUCAGCUUCCAAGCUGACCUUGCGACCUCUUUAGUCCACCUAUCGCCGCCCAAGAAUCACCGUCGCGCCCAGACAAUAAUUGACGAAAUUCUCAGAGCAGCGGCAGACAACGUACCAGCUCUCCUGGGUCAAGGCUACGUGUUUGCAGAGGCCAAAAAAUGGAGUGAAGCCGAGAGAGUCUUUGGAAGAGUAGAACAGCUACUAUCCCAAGACGAUCUCGACAGCCUACGUUCUCGGGAAGAACACGCCUGGUGUCUAUCUCAACUGGGGAAGUUACAUGAGGCAACGACCAUUCUCGGAGAAGUGCUUCAAUCUCUGAAUGACCAUGAGGGGACCGAACACGAUCGCGCUCGUUGUAACUGGAGAUUGGGCCGAUCCCACUGGGAUAUGAUGGGCGAAGCUCGUGGCGAAGCGUACAAAUACUUCAUAGCGGCCCUGAAGUGUGAUUCCACUUACGCACCAGCUUUUACAUCCCUCGGCCUGUAUUAUUCUGAAUACGCUACACCCCCUGACCCCACUCGGGCUUCUAAAUGUUUCCAGAAGGCGUUCGAACUAGACCCUCGAGAGGCUGAAGCUGCAUCUCGAUUAGCGACAGGCUUUGCUGACGAGCAGGACUGGGAUUUGGUAGAGGUUGUCGCUCGAAGGACCAUUGAAGGAGAAGGGGGGAUGGAGGGCGGCCAGCUUACCGGGAAAUUCUUACCCACCAACGUAUGGGCGUGGAAGGCGAUUGGCAUAGUAGAACUGACACGCCGAAAUUACCUAUCUGCGAUUACCGCUUUUCAGGUUGCACUUCGAGCUGAACCCGACGAUCAUCUGACGUGGGUUCGACUCGGAGAGGCGUAUCAUCGAUCUGGGAAACAUAAUGCAGCUCUCAAAGCACUAGAACGGGCACAUGCUCUAGAUGGGAAGGAUUGGGUGUGCAUCUACUUUUCUGCUGAAGUCUACCGUCAACUUGGUCACUACCAACAAGGCAUCGAUCAAUUGCAAACUAUCUUAGGCUCAAGACCAUCUGAAAUAUGUGCCCUGGUAUCGCUUGCCCGAACGCAUUUUGAUCUCGGUCACUUAGAGAGCAAUGCUGGAUAUCUAGCAAGAGCCGAGCAAUCUUUCCUAUCCGCCGUCCGCAAAGCCCUCGCUGCCAUUGAAAACAGCACUGGUUUCCGUGCGGUGAUCUGGAAAUUAAUUGCAGACGCUCUCUACUUCCUCGGUUCCAGUCCAGUUUUCCAUGAAGAAUCUGCAGUGGUACAAAUAGUCUCAGCUGUUACUGCCAUCCUUGGAGCGAACGCGAGCACCCGAGUGUCUGGCAUCAUCCCAGCGACUGUAAACACACCGUUGACCAGGACUUCCGUAGUUGAGGUCGCCGUGUUAGCUUAUGAUCAUCGCACCACACUAGGUUCCUCAGAAGCAUCUGCUGUAGGAAGUGCAUGGUUCGACUUGGCCAUUUCUUUGCGGUCGUUGGCCAAUAGGUUGAAUCCGGGACCGAGGCGAGAGAAUGCGCAGAAACAGUCGAUCGAGAGCAUUACUGAAGCAAUUCGCUCAUGUCCAAUGGUCGAUAAUUACUGGGUAGCCCUCGGAGACGCCCAUUUCACCUCACAACCGAAGAUAGCACAGCAUGCCUACAUACGAGCACUGGAGUUGAAUUCCAAGAGUGCGGUAACAUGGACGAAUCUCGGAUUGUUAUAUCUCUAUCACAACGACGCCGAGCUGGCAAAUGAGGCAUUCUAUCUUGCGCAAAGCUCUGACCCUGAUUAUAACCUCGCUUGGCUUGGCCAGGCGCUGGUCGCUGAUGCUGGAGGGCACGGUCCAGGAGCUUUAGCGAUACUCGAGCAUACAAUCAGCUUUUCGUUUAUUGUGCCCGAAGCAGAUUACCUGUAUGCUUUCAAAGGUUUCUCUAAGCAGAAAAACGACAAGAUUUCGACGUCGGAAUCAUUGGUUCCUGCCUUUUUCGUUCUCGACCGCUACUGCAAAGCACGGCCGAAUGAUGCUUCAGCACUUCAUUUAUUCGGUCUGGUUUGUGAAAGCAUACAUCAGCCAGAUCUUGCUGUAAAAUGGAUUGCGAAGGCAAUCGCACUCCUGGAGGAGUCUUAUGAAGAAGCCGAAGAUAACAAGGUUGAGCGUCAAUUUUCCAUUGCACAUAGUAAUAUUGGGCGUGUGAAGCUGACUCUACGCGAUUAUGAUGGAGCACUCGAAUCAUUCGAAAGCGCAUUGGGUCUGCUACCAGAAGAUGAACAAGAAGAGAGUGUCACUUUCCUUCGUGCGCAUUGUCAUUUUGGGUCUGGAAUCGCCCAUUUCAGGCAACAGAAUUUGGAGGAAGCAUUGAACUCUUUCGAAGCAGCGUUGGAGACUGCGACUGGCAAGAACGUUCCUAUUGUCCGUGGAGAAAUAACAGUACUGUUGGCACAAGCGCUGUGGGCCAUUGGGACAGAGGAUACAAGGGAACUUGCAAAAACCAAGCUCUUGGAAUGCAUUUCCGAUGAUCUCGAGAACCUGACGGCCAUUAAUACCUUAGCAGCGAUGGGGAUAUUGACCGACGACGAUGGACUUUUGGACGCUGCACUUUCUGAAAUCCUGGCUUUACCUGUCGACGAUCGUUCUCAACUAGAUCUUUCUCGUAAUGUCGACUACUUGCUGAUCAUGCACCACCUCGGACGGGACAAUUCUUCUGAAGCUGUCGCCGUUGCACAAAAGGCCGUUCAUGCCGAACCUUCAGCAAAGCAGGCUAGACACCAACUCGCCACGCUGCUCUUGCAAAUGCACCAAUACGAUACGAUCAUUCCAGUCCUGUCCGGAGUGGCGCUGGAUGAUCUAGAUAGCUCGAGGGAGUUGAUAAAACUUGGAGCAGUAUCCCAUUCAGUGACUGGACAGGGAGAUGUGAAACGAUUAGCCCAAAAAUGUGUCAUGAUGAAGCCCUUCGAUCCCGAGGGUUGGAGAAUUCUCGCGCUACCUACUUGA